AUGACACGGCUGCUUCUGCUCACUGUGGCCCUGCUAGUCCUGGGUCAUGUGCCACCAGGGAGAAGUGAGUUCAAGCGGUGUUGGCAAGGCCAAGGGGCCUGCCGCACUUACUGUACGAGGCAAGAGUCCUACAUGCACCUGUGUCCGGAUGCCUCCUUGUGCUGCCUCGCCUACACCCUGAAGCCUCCCCGGGUCCCCAAGGUGGACGACAAGUAA